UGGAGGGGGAUUGUUGUGCUCGGUCUGUGAUUGGUGGGAAGAUUCAAACUGAAGGAGGUUUAAAAAGUAUCAACAGAGGUGUAAGGCCGCUCCAGACAUGACCAUCUCUCGAUUUUCACGUUAAAAGGUGCUUAAAGCCAAGUGUGAUUGGCAGCAUGAGUUUCGGGGGGUUUGUAAUUAUGGAUCCCUCGCCUGAGAAGACUGCUGCCCGUCCUCCAAGAGGCUCUUCAUCCAAGUCCACAUCAUAUUUUGAGAUCAGUCCAGUGCAAAAACAGAAGUUGAAGAAAGUGGUGGAAGAAAUUCCAGUCCUGCGUCUCAUUCACUUUACCCAUUCUCCGAAAAUAACCUUUGAUUCAGUUAAAUUGGGAACUACUUGUCAUCGAAAACUCAGAGUUCUAAAUCCAAAAGAUGAAACACAGGAAGUGUUCUGUGAAAAGUUUCCAAAGCCAGAGAGUGGGAUAUCAUGCUCAGAUGUAAACCUCGUGUUACAACCAGGUGAAAGUGCAGAGCUCAUAUUGACAUGGACACCUGUUCAAGAAGGGAACUUCAGAGAUUUGAUUCACUGGAAAUCAAAUCUUGGUGUUCGCUCUCAGACUGUUCUCCUUGGGUCUUGCGUGGAUCCCAGUACUAAAAAGAAAGGAAAAGUCAGAAGCAGAGCGCCACUUAAACCACAAAAUGUUGCUCCAGUUUACUCGACUUCAAAACGACUCCUUCCAUGCAAGGCUUCCAGAACUGAUCAAGGCCUACGCAGAACUGCCAGAGAGAAAGUUGAUGUUGAAAACAAGCCUCCUGUCAGACCUAAGUGCAAAUCGACUACACGUCAAGGUUCUGUCUUUAAAAAAGACCAGGUUACUUGCCCAAAGAAGAGUGCCAGUAAAAGAGAGGUUGACUCAAAAUCUUUAAGGAGAGUUGUAUUAUCGACGUCAAGUCAAGAGAGUAUUGACAUAUUGCCAGUGUUGAACUCCACUGAGAAUUCUGAUGCCCUGGUCGAGUGCACACCUUGUGGGCCUUCAAAUCUUUCUGUCUCGGCAAUUGACUCAGAAUGUCCAUCAAGUUUGAGGAAGAUUCAGGUUGAAACUAUGCAACACCAUAAGAAAGUGAACAGUGUUAUGUGGAAAGACAUAUCAGAUGAUGAAAAGAAUUUGCAUACAAGGCGAAUGACAUAUUGCUUACCUGGUGAUGAUGUAGUUGUAGAAGUAAGAGAAGUGAUUGAUGAGGUAACUGAAAUUAGUGUUUUACAACAGGAAAGAUUUGACAUAAUCUACGAUGUCACACGGAAGAUGGAACAAAGUGAGAAAAAUGAAGUUUCGUCUGAACCUGUUCAACAAACUAAAACUCUUGUAUCAACCCAAGAAAUAAGAGAAACCAGUUCCACUCAUUCUGAGGAGGUACAGAGAGAGAGUAAUAUAUUACCAGCCACCUUGGAACACCCAUCAUCUCAUCGGAAGUUAACAUUUGCACAUAGAGGCCUGUCCAGUUUACAAGAGGACCUAAAUGAAGGUGAUGUUUUGCUUGAUGCUGAAAAGUGUGGCUCACUAUCUGAUAAGGAAACAUUCACGCAGGUAAUUGGGGAACAUUUACCACAUGUGACAGUUUCUCCAUUGAGACGGGAAACAUUUAUUGCUUCAAAGAAGGAAGAUUUCAGUGCAGUUAAAGGGGAUAAUUUGCCUAAUUGCAAUGAAAUGAACACACCACUAAGGCGACAAACUUUCAUUACAUCAAGUGUUGAAACUUUCAGUUCUGCAUAUGCUGGCCAGCUUCCUGUCUGUAAUAUUCUGGAUUCUCCUUUGAGGAGACAGACAUUUGUUAAAGAUCAGGCAGAAAUAAGACGCCUCAGCCUGUUCCCAAAAGCUGGACAGCAGCCUGAAGAAUGUGAUGAUGAACAUUCCUGUAUUAAUAGCAAGUGGAAAGAAAAUUCAUGUUCGUCCAAUACCUCCACGCCAACUGUUGGAAUAACACCUCUGAGAUCAGCUUCAUUAGACGUGUUUCAAAUGACUCCCAUCACACCUGGGCCACAAGUGGGUUCUAAUAAUUUUGCAUCCAUAAAGGCUUCAUGUAUGAAUCUUCUAGAAAAACUUAAGGCUCCUGAGAAUUUUCCAGAAACUCCGAAUUUAAAUGUGAAUAUGUUAAAGAGAGAAUCUUAUAGGAAAGGGGAAGAUACACUUGAUGCUUCCCAUAUAGGAAUGUGUACAGCGCCUGAAUCUCCAUCUUCUGAAUAUGAAACGGCUCCCAGCACGCCCUCUGAACCAGCUUUAAUCAUGGAAGAUUUUAAUGUUUCCUUGGAAUUUCCAACCCCAAAAAUAGGUGACCAUGUACCACGGGUGAAGAAUGUUAAUCUGACAGAUGUUUCUCAGAUUUUAGAGCAGGAACUUGCUAGCCAAAGGAAGAAGGUUUUGGAGAAUAGUAUGAGUCCAGAUAGUCUUGAAAAAACAUUCAAUGAUAAAGAAGAAAUGAAUGAUCCAUUAGAGGAACUAAUUCCAACCGUUUGUAAGAAGCAGAGUUCAGAGACUGAUACACACACUAUUCCUGUUAAGCAUUCUGACAUAAUGGUGACAGUUACAAAGGAAGAUGAUUUUAAUUGUCAGGGGUCUUCCUUGCAACGCAGAUUGAGUUCUGAAACAGUUAUUAAAGAAGCAUCAAUAUUACACCCAGAGGAUCUUGUUUUGGAUGAUCACCAUAAUAGCUGUGAAACUAUCGUAAAAGAUGUGCCAACUUUUUCCCCUUCAUCCUUACCCCAGGUAACUGAUACACAUCGUCCUAGGAGAAUGAGCGCCAUUGGAGUAGCGGAAGGUUUAGCUAUCCCAAAACAUUCUAAUCACCGCCGUAGAAGUGAGCCACUCAGUCUCCUUCCUCAGCCUUAUCAGAGUGAGGCUUUGAAUGAACUUCUCUUAUUCAAAGGAGCCAAUAAAAAAGAACGUGAGUACAUGCAAGAUGAGAGAGAUCUCUUGAGUGAUGAAAAUUUUGUUGUGGCAUCUCUGGCAGACUUUAGCUUUUCUCCUGGCGAUGAUCCCCGUAGAUGUUCUACAAGUAUUAAAUCCCUUCCCCCAGAAGAGCUUUUAGAUCAGCGCAGUCAUUCUGAUAAGGGUCGACAGCUUUUUGUCGAGUCUGAUUGUGAAGAGGAAGAACCCAGCAAACCAGCUUGUCUUAACUCUGAUGUAUCUGAUGUUUGUUUAGCUCAGUGUCUGAGUACAAUUAUGGAAGUUGAGGAAGGCACAUUUUACCUUAACAAAACAAACGACUUUAAUAAAACGCAGGAUGUACUUUUGAAUAAGACUCGAGAUUUAUCAAAGAGCAGCUUACCAAUGAAUGUAACUCAUAUUUUGCAUUUAAACAAAAAGCAAGACUUAUGCAUAAAUAAUACUCGUGGUUCGCCUGUAAAAUCAAAUCGGGUGGUGAUCGGAAAUAAACCAAAAGAUCUGCAUUUGAAAAAUAUGCAAGAGUUACCCAUGGACAGGAUUCUGAGCAGGACCCAGGAACUGCCCCUGAACAGGACCCAGGAAUUGCCCCUGAACAGGACCCAGGAACUGCCCCUGAACAGGACCCAGGAACCCCUGAACAGGACCCAGGAACUGCCCCUGAACAGGACCCAGGAACUGCCCCUGAACAGGACCCAGGAACUGCCCCUGAACAGGACCCAGGAACUGCCCCUGAACAGGACCCAGGAACUGCCCCUGAACAGGACCCAGGAACUGCCCCUGACAGGACCCAGGAACUGCCCUACAGACCAGGAACUGCCCCUGAACAGGACCCAGGAACUGCCCCUGAACAGGACCCAGGAACUGCCCCUGAACAGGACCCAGGAACUGCCCCUGAACAGGACCCAGGAACUGCCCCUGAACAGACCCAGGAACUGCCCGACAGGCGAACUGCCCUGAAACAGGACCCAGGAACUGCCCCUGAACAGGACCCAGGAACUGCCCCUGAACAGGACCCAGGAACUGCCCCUGAACAGGACCCAGGAGUUGCCUUUGAACAAGACCAAAGAAAUACCCUUGGAAAAGACCCAAGUAGUACCUUUGAAUAAGACUCAUUGUCAAUCCCAUCAGGAAGCUCCCUUGUUCAUGUAUCAGAAUAUGCCAUCCAGUAGCAGUGAUGGCUUAAUGCUGAACGUGACUGCCUCCGAAAACGAAGUUCAGAAUUUACAGUCGAGUAAAACUCUAGAAAUAUCAAAGCUCAAAACUAAAGAUUUAUGUUUACAAGACACUAGAGAAGCAUCCUUGCAUGAAAUAAAAGGCUUAUCCACUAACACAAAUGAGCAUUUUUUCCUGAAUGAAACUGAGAACCUACCUGUGAAUAGUGCUGAAAGUUUUCUCCCUGGUACAACUAAAAAGAAUUCUCAGGACAUGAAUCUUCAUCUAAUUAAAAUGGAAAAUUGUGAUAAAGAUAAUAAGGAAAAAAAUAGUGAUACAGCUAGUAAUUUUUCUGAAGGUACUGAAAAUAAGUAUCCUUUAAUUAAUGAAGAGAGUUCUUCAGUACCAGCUAGUGGCAGAAGACUCUUAUUACACCCAUCCAAAGAUCAAAGCACAUCUAAGAAAACUGAUGAGACAGAAAAUGGAACUGGGCUUAUGUUUAUCAAGAUAUCUCCUUGUUCAAAGAGGCUUCCAGAAGACCGUUCAAAGGAAUCAUGGUCCAAACGUAGUAAAGUAAAUCCAGUUCCUGCAUUGUCGGUAAAUUUGCAAUCUCUCAAGCUUUCGAAAGAGAAGCGAUCAACUCCUAGGAAGUUGACUGUAGUAUCUAGCAAGUGUAAGAGUCCUCGGAAUGUAAUAUCAAAAACCAGUGCUGGAUUAAAGCCUUUCAGAUACCCAGUGGGAAUUAAGGAGGAGGUCCAUUUGAAACCUAGAGUUCUUUCCACUUUAGUAUCUUCAGGUCUACAAAAAUGUGCAUCGAUUGGAAACUUGGAGAGAGCAUCCUCAAACUCUAACAUCAGCUCAGUGGCUGAAUCUAGAGAUCUCCUUACUUCAACCACUGAUCUCCAAUCUAGUUCAGACAGUAGUAACUCUCGGAUGACCACAGAGCUUGCCUCCUGCCCCUCAGAGUCAUCCUCUACUGCAAGUCCUUACUCUGCUUUAACUACAUCUUCUGUUAGUCAUUCAAAUGAUAAAAAAGCUGUCUACAAACGUAUGACAUUAAAGAAAAGUGUAGGGCUGAGGGUUGCUCAUUCAAGAUUGACACUUAUCAAGUCAAAGAAAACAGCUGUUGUCCACCACCCAAAUCCAUAUGCUUCAAAGAACAUGUACUAUGAUGACAGAUGGAUAGAAAAACAGAUUAGUGGAUUUACCAAGUGGUUAAAUUUCAUUUUGACUCCCCCUGAGGAGGAAGAUGUUGCAUUGAAAGUAAAGAAAGUUGACAUGGGACAACUGUGGUCAGAAGCUACAAAGGGCAAACACACUCAAGUUGCACCAACCAAAGAAGUUUUAUCCUUAAGGACCUAUUCUGCAAGGCGAAGGUUGAACCGGUUGCGAAGAAAGGCGUGCCGUUUCUACCAAAGUGAGGAGAUGGUAGAUGUUGUAAUGAAACUAGAAACAGCCAUUGAUAAAAAAUAUCUGGCUAUUCGUAAAGACAGAUUGACUCAUGCUGAUGUUGGUUUGAAGCAGGUGAUGCUGCAGCUGGUGCUGUGUUACAAUCCUCUUUGGCUACGCAUUGGUUUGGAAACUGUCUAUGGUGAAUUACUGGAUCUUAACAGCAACAGUGACAUGACUGGCCUCACCCAGUUUCUAAUCACCAGGUUGCUAAAUAAUCCUGACAUAGCAGCACAAUAUGCCCAUCCUUCAGUUCCACAUUCCUAUCGCACUGGUUAUGAUGAUGCCAUAAAAAAUUUCCAACUGAAGAAGUUCCUCUUGCUGGUGCUGUUUUUAGACCGUGCCAAAACCUUGCGUCUUAUUGACCACGAUCCAUGCCUUUUCAACAAGAAUGCUGAGCAUAAGGCAAGCAGAGAUAUCUUGAUUGCCUUUGCCAGAGAGUUUCUCUCUGGUGUAGGAGAUAUAACCAAGCACUUAGCAUAUCUUGGCUACAAUGUCAGUCACAGACAGACUGCCUUAGAAGAGUUUGAUUAUGCUGUCACAAAUUUAGCCGUAGAUUUACGCUGUGGUAUCCGUUUAACUCGUGUGAUAGAAAUGUUGACCCAGAAAUUUGAUUUGAGCUCCAAGUUGCGUGUCCCAGCAAUUAGUCGUAUGCAGAAGAUCUUCAACACAGAUGUUGCCAUGGCUGCUUUAGAAACUGAGGGCUGUGUAGGAGUGAAGUCUAAGUUCCCAUCAAAGGAUCUUGUUGAUGGUCAUCAGGAACAGACUCUUGCUCUGCUUUGGACUAUUAUUUUUAACUUCCAGGUGUCUGUGAUAGUAUGUGAAGCUCGUUUACACGAGGAAAUAGACUACCUUCACAGAUCUCUUGUUGUGCGUUCUCAGCUUGAAGAAUCGGCAGGUGCAGGCUUGGAAAUGGUCUCGGAGGCAAUUGUACAACUAAGUCACUUAAAGAAUGAAUUAGGCACAAUGGAGAGAGUUCUGGCAUACCUCAAGUUAUGGGCUCAGUUUACUUGUGCACACUAUGGACUAGAGGUUGAUAAUCUAACUGUGUCAUUCUCUGAUGGUCGAGCACUGUGUCUUCUCCUGCACCAUUAUUAUCCUGAUCUGUUGCCCAUGAGUCUUAUCAACUGGCAGACUACACAGAACCUACCAAAUCAGGGUGUAGAUUUGGAAGUUUCAUUGGAUGACAGCUUCAGUGAAAUGGCCUACACAGACAUGAGUACCAAAGAAGAAUUCAAUAAGAGACUUUUACUUGAAAAGGAGAACUUCACUGUUUUCAUUGACAAGGUAUCACAACUUGAUGGAAUCCCGGUGCUGAUCCGAAGCAGUGACAUGUGCAACACAAUUCCUGAUGAAAAAGUAACAGCAACUUUCUUGGCAUAUUUAUGUGCUCGACUUUUAGAUCUCGGUGAAGAAAUGAAGGCGGCUAGAAUUAUACAAAUGGCCUGGAGAAAACAUCUUGCAGCCAAGAAGCUAGAACAAUUGAAGGUACACACACAGGCUGCUAUUAUUGUACAGCGUUGGUGGCGGGUCAUUUGUCAUCGCAAGCAAAGAGAAAUAUAUGAAAGGGCAGCCAUUGUGCUGCAGGCUUAUUGGCGCAGAAGGUGCGCAUACAUGUUGGUAGAAAACCUCAAGCACAAAAAGCAGCUGCAGAGGAAGCACGAUGCCGCCCACAUCAUUCAGUCAGCAUUUCGUCGUUAUGUUACGAGACGAUAUCUUCGUCGUUGUAGGGCUGCCAUAACAAUUCAGCGAGCUUGGAAGACUUGCCUUCAGAGACGCGUGUUCCUACAUACCAGACAAGCUGCUGUUGUAAUUCAAACAGCUUUGAGGACUUGGAACAGCAGACAGAAAUACCUACGUACCAUAAGAGUUAUUACAGAGGCCCAAAGAAGGUACCGAAGAAAAUUGUAUGCAAGAAAUAUUCAAGAAAACUAUAAGCAAAAGUUGAAAGCAGUGAUAAGUAUACAAAGAUGGUGGCGUACUGUACUAAGAAAGAAAGCAGCUCAAAGAAGAGCAAAAGAAAAGUGUGCAGCCUAUACUAUUACCAGGUUUCUGAGAAUUUGCCUGGAGAAAAAUAAGUACCUGAAAUUACGUCGAGCAACAGUUGUUCUGCAGGCCCAUACUCGUAGACUUGUAUGCCAGAGAAGGUACAAAGCAAUGCAAAAGGCUUCUGUUGUGUUGCAAAUGAAAUGGAGAGCAACUCUUGAAGCUCGUCAGAUACGAGAACAGUAUCUUCAAUUGACCCAUGUUGCUAUCAUUCUUCAAUCUAGCAUUCGUUCAUACCUGGUCAGAAAGCAUUACAUGAAGCUUCGAUCAUCUGCUAUUAGUAUUCAGUCAACAUUUAGGAUGAGGCAGCAGAGAAAACUUUAUUUAGAGCUCAAGAAUAUCACACAGUAUGUACAGAAUCAGUGGAGAAGAAAAAUGAAUAUGCUGCUAGAAAGGAGGAGGUUUUUGAUGAUGCGCCAAGCAGCAAUAAGAAUUCAGGCAUCUGUAAGAGGACAUAAUGUUCGAAAGCUUUUCAAAAAGAAACUUCAGGCUGCCAUUUGCCUUCAGAGUAUUUAUCGAAUGUGGAAGCAGAGACAAAAUUACCAACAAAGAGUAUGUGCAGCCAUUACUAUCCAGAGAUGCAUUCGAUCAUGGUUAGUUAUGAAACAACAGCAUGCACAUUAUCAGCAUUUAAGAAUCUCUGUCAUAAUAAUUCAGACAGCAUGGCGUGGAAAACAAGCACAGGAUAAUUUUUUGAAGCUCAAGAAAUCUGUGGUACUGCUACAAGCACAUGUAAGAAGAUGGAUAGCUUUCAAAGAAUUCCAUAAUAAAAGGAAAGCUGCAGUUAUCCUUCAACAGGCCUUUAGAGCUAGAAAGUCCAUGUUAAUAGAGAGAGAGAAGUUUGUAUCCCUAAGGAGAAGCACAGUUAUCAUUCAAGCUUCAUAUCGAUCAUAUAAGGAGAGAACGAAGUAUGCAAGACUUACCAGAGGUUUAAUCUUGGCCCAGGCUGCAAUUCGAAGUUGGCUAAAGCAUCAUCAGUAUAAUAGAUGGAAAGCUUCUGCAGUAACUAUCCAGCACAGAUAUCGUGCUCAUAAGUUAAUGAAGGACCAGAGGAAUUCUUAUCUUAGGAUGAAGCAAGCCACGAUUAAAAUCCAGUCCUUCAUACGUAUGCAUCAAGCCCAGAAGAAUUAUCGCAGAAAACAAGCAGCUGCUGUCAUUAUUCAGAAAUAUGCCAAAGGAUGUGCUGCUCGCAAGAAUUAUAAAAAUAUUCGUCAGAGUGCUGUAGUUAUUCAGAAAUAUACAAGAGCAUGGUUGAAAUCUUGCCAAGCUCAAAGAGAAUAUCAAGACAUGAGGUGUUCUGCUAUCAUUCUUCAAGCUCAUUGGCGAGGCUUUCUUGCUAGACAAAAUAUGCAGAGAUUAAAAAAAGCAUGUAUAGUAAUCCAAAGUCACCUUCGAAUGAAGCAAGCUUAUAAGAUUUAUCAAAGGAGGAGAGAAGCUAUAAGUAAAAUUCAGAGCUCAUACAGGGCUUACAGAUUGUCUAAGAACACCAGAGCAGAUUACUUGUUUAGGAAGUCUGCAUGUAUUACAAUCCAAACUUACUGGAGAAUGUAUCAAGCCAGGCAGAAUUAUCAAGCCACUCUUAGAGCAACCAUUACAAUUCAGCAACAUUUUCGUGCCCUCAUACUUGGUCGUCAAGUUUACCGUGAUUACCAUGUGAGAAAAGUGGCAUGUAUUACUCUUCAAGCAUGGACCAGGAUGAUUCUUAUGAAGAAAAUCUUCAUUUUAAAGAAAAAGUCUGCCCAAAUUAUUCAGCAGUAUUAUAGGGCUACUGUUACUGGUAAAAAGGUGAAGACUGAUUAUGAGGCAUUACGAUCUGCUACUAUCAAACUCCAGUCUUUAUACAGGAUGCAAAAGCAGAGACAGAAGUAUCAGAACCAGAAAUCAGCUGCAAUAAUAAUCCAGAGGUACAAUCGUGCCUAUCAGAGUAUGAAGACUGCAAAAUUAGCAUACAUGGCCCAAAGAACUGCAAUAAUUAUAAUUCAAGCUAAGGUUCGAGGUUGGCUGAGAUAUCGAAGAUUCAUACUUGAGAAGACUGCUUGCCUUAGAAUACAGUCGUGGUUUCGCUGUGUACGAACCCGCAAGCUAUAUCUUACCAAGAAAGCUGCAGCAACCAAAGUGCAAAGAUUUUUCCGGGCCUACCAGUUAAAGAAACAUGCGCGAAAUCAGUUUAAGAUGGUUAAGAGGAGUGUUAUUAGUCUGCAAGCUAUUACCAGAGGAUAUUUGGUAAGAAAGCAGUUGAAGCAGAAACAUCAAGCUGCUGCAAAAAUCCAAGCAAGAUACAGAGGCUGGCAAAUGCGACAUACAUACAUGAAGAAGAGAAAUGCUGCUAUUGUAAUCCAACAAUGUCUGAGAAGCUAUUCUUUAGGAAUUGUUAUUAGAAGAGAGUUCACAGAUACCCGAAAUAAGAUCAUUCUUGUGCAGGCGGUGGUGAGAGGCUACUUAGUUAGGAAACAAAUGAUGGCAAUACAGGAAGCUGCUCUUGUUAUUCAGAGGUCAUGGAAGAUGUAUUGGCAGCAAAAACAAUACAAAGCCCAGAGAAUUGCUGCAGUUUUGAUACAAAAAACAUUUAGAAGUUUCUGCUUGAAAAGAGAGGCAAGGAGCAAUUAUAUCAAAACCAUAAAUACUGUGGUUCACCUCCAGGCACUUGUCAGGGGCUACAUUGUGAGGAAGAACCUCUCUGCAAAGAGGACUGCAGCCUGCUGUAUUCAGGCUCAUUUUCGUGGAUGGUCAAUGAGGAGGAGGUAUUUGGAACAGAGGAAAGGGGCUCUUGUAAUCCAGAGAUACUACAGAACUUUUCAGCUUGGAAAGAAAAUAAGGAACAAUUACUUGUAUAAAUGUAGAUGCAUAACUACAUCUCAGGCAGUUGUCAGAGGCUUCCUUGCAAGGCAAAACCUAAAGAGAAAAAAACAAUCAGCAACAUUGUUGCAGUCUUGUAUUCGUUCUUACCUGGCAAGAAAGCAGUUUCUCCAACAAAAAGCAGCAGCAACAAUAAUCCAGAGAUAUUACAAACAAUGCAGACUGACACAAGUAACUAGGCAGGAGUAUCUGACUAAGCGAUCAUCUAUUACCAUUCUUCAAGCAUCUGUCCGAGGAUUCUUGGUCAGACGAACUCUGAAACAGAAGCACAAAGCUGCAGCAACAAUUCAAGCCUCUGUUAGAUCAUGGUUGAUUCGAAAGAAAUAUUUAAAGCUUCAUAAAUGUGUGAAAACUCUGCAACAACACUGGAGAGCCACUUUAAUGAUGUGGAAGGAAAGGGAAAAUUAUCAUAUCAUUCGAGGUGCAGUUAUUAUGACUCAGUCUGUUUGGAGAGGUACUAUUGUUAGAAGAGAAAUCAGAAAGUCUCACAGCGCAGCAAUAGUUCUCCAGUCGCAUGUUCGCUGUUGCCUAGAGUACAAAAAAUAUCAAAGGAUUAAAGAGAGUACAAAGAUAAUCCAGCAGUGGUGGAGGCAAACCAAGAUAAAUCAAGCAGCUCAUAGAGAAUUUUUGAGGAAAAAAGCUGCUGCUGUAGUUUUGCAGGCAUCAGUGAGAAGGUUUUUGGUAAUAAGACAUCUUGAGAAAUUACAUGUAGCAGCAACAUCCAUACAGACCUUUUACAGGGCACAUCAUCAGAAACAACAGUUUAUGAAGCAUAGACAUAGUAUUGUGAAGAUUCAGAGAUGGUGGAGGUCUAUAAAGGAAAUGCAUAGGCAAAAAUCUAAUUACCUUCUUUCAAGAAAUGCCAUAAUCACUUUACAGGCAGGUAUUCGAGGCAUGUUAGUUCGAAGGGAAAUUAGCCAGCAGCAUAGAGCAGCUGAAAAAAUUCAGUCCCAUGUAAGAAAGUGGUUGAUACAAAGGGAAUAUAAAAAAAUGGUGCUGCAUGUUAAACUUAUUCAGAGAUGGUGGACGUCAAUUCUUAAAAUGCGAAGUCAACAGUCAGACUAUGAAAACAGAAGGACUGCAGCCAUAAAGAUUCAGUCUAAUUUUAAAUGUUAUUUAGCACAUAAAAAUUACAGAGAGAUUAGAAAUAAUGCCAUUAAAAUUCAGAGUUGGUGGCGAUGCACAAAAGAAGCUCGCAGUCAUUUUGAGAAGUACCAUGUUGUACGACGGUCAGCAGUAAUCAUACAGGCAGGUGUUCGAGGGAUGUUGCUACGCAGGGCUGUUAAUCAGCAGCACAGGGCAGCAACAGUGAUCCAAUCACACAUGCGUUGUUUCUUGUUAUCCCAGAAAUACAAGAAAAUGGUCGCUUCAGCUGUUAAAAUCCAGAGAUGGGUACGCUCUGUAAAGAAAACUAAAAUACAUCAUACACAGUACUGUGCCAUUAGAACAGCCACUAUUAUACUACAAGCUUCAGUGAGAGGGAUGCUGACACGAAGAGAAAUAUCACGUCAGAGGUGUGCACAAAUCAAGAUAGCGGCAGUCUUCAGAGGAUGGCUGUUAAGAAGAGAAUAUCUGAAGACAGUGUAUAGUGUAACCAUAAUACAGAGAUGGUGGCGGUCUAUUGUAUUAACCAAAGAGGCAACGAAGAAUUACAUUCAAGUGAAGAAUGCUAUUGUUACCAUUCAGGCUUUCACUCGAGGAGUACUCUUGCGUGCAAAAGUUGCUCGACAAAAGAAAGCAUCACUAAAGAUUCAGUCGUGUUUUCGAGGUUGGAUAGUGCACAGAGAAUACUCUAGGUUGACCCACAGUGUGCUAUUGAUACAAAAUUGGUGGAGAAGGCUUGAGGAAAUACAAAAGUUGCAAAAAGAGUUUCACAUGAAAAGAAGUGCUGUCAUUACACUUCAAAGAAGUUUUAGAGGAAAUUUGGUUCGUAAAGAGUACACAAAGCGGUAUAGAGCUAUUAUUAAGAUGCAGGCCAGUGUACGAUGUUGGUUAGUACAGAAGAACUACGUAAAAACUGUAAAAGCCACUUUAACUAUUCAGCGAUGGUGGAGAGCUGUGAUCCAAGCCAGAAAGCAGAGGGUAGCAUAUCAAACCCUUGGAAAAGCCUCCACUACCUUGCAAGCAUAUGUUCGAGGCAUGCUGGUACGCCAGAAUGUAAGAAAGCAGCACUUGGCAGCCACUAAAAUUCAAGCAUACAUUCGUUGUUGGUCUGCACAGAGACACUAUCGCCAAAAGAUGGAAGCAGUUGUAAAGUUACAGAGAUACUGGCGUGGGGCAUACUUGACUCUUCGUACACAGGAACAAUACAUAUACAUGCAGAGGGCUGCUGUUAUAAUUCAGACUGCUUGGAGAAAAAGAAGAACAAGAAUAUUAUUCAAGCAUAUGAAAGCUGCUCGAACUAUACAGAGGGCAUUCCGCUUCCGACGAUCUUUGAUAAGAGCCCAACAGACCAUAGAGUCCUUGAUAAAGGUGCAACGGUGGGUGCGUGCUGUAAUGCAGAGGUCUUCGUUCCUGAGGCAGCGCAGCAGUGCCAUAGUCAUCCAGAGAACCUGGCGAAAGAAACUACAGCGCAUAAGAGAGGUUAAGAACUGUUAUCCUACCUCAGCUCAUUUCUAUCUGAAGUAUACUACCACUCCCUGGAAUGUGAUCCACAACAGUCAACUUACAUCCAAGUACGUGUACCUAUGUACUGCUAAGUGGACCAGGGCAGCAGGUGUCAAGAAACAUGCCCAUUAUUACCAUCUGUGCCAUGGACACUCGAAUCGUCGGCAUCAUGCAACAACUAUUCUUCAAGCUGCAUGGAGAUCUAGAGCUGUUCGCAUGACUUUAAAUAGCAAGAAGCUUGAGGAUGUGCGUCAGAGACUGAAGAUAGCCACUCAGGAUGCUACAGAUAGUAAGCGUAUUGGCAACAGAACCCAAUGUGCUAUUACAUAUCUAAUGAAGUACAAAGAUAUCAAGAGGACAUUGAUAGCAGUCAUGUAUCUUGAUACAAGCACUCGGUGGUCACCUCCAUGCUCUGAAAGGUUGACAGAAGGUACUUCUUUGGGCACUAUUAUGCUCUUGCUCAGGUCCUGCAACCGUUCUAUUCCACACAUGCAGAUCCUUAGUUACAUUCUUAAUAUUCUUAUUAAUUUGGCCAAAUAUCCAUGCACAGCACAAUUCAUACACAAUUUGGAGGGGUUAGUGAAGACUGUCGUCCAGCUGCUUACUAUAUAUUAUGAUAAGGGGCCUGGAAUUUUUUGCAAGUGCUGCACUCUGCUCUAUAUUCUAACUGCAACUAAUUCUCCACAAAAGGAUAUAAAGAACCCUAAAGUGAUUAGAGAUCUUACAAGCAUCAAGGCCAUAAUGAUACGGCGUGAGAAUGCCAGCUUACGAGGGAAGAAACCAGUCAAGUAUGCACCCCUUCCUGCCGCUGAACUACCCUCAAUAGCACCAGAAUGGGUUCUAAUACCUGGUCAACCUAGAGAGUUUGAUGAUCCCAUACUUGCUAUAGUGACACUCUUGGCUAGACUUGAAAUGAAAUCAAAAGAAUAAUUUAGUAGUACCUUCAAAGAUGGUUUUGCUGUACAUUGAGUAGUGGUGAAAAUUAUUUCUGCAUUUAUCAGGAAAAUGAAUAUGAAAUUAAAGACAAACAAAUAGUUAUUCAUUUUUAGAAUGCAUAAUUGUAUUUGUUGUCAUUAUUUUAUUAACAUAUAGUAGCUAUUAUAUUUU